AUGCCGUUUGUAUGCUGCACCUAUAGACAGGGAGGUGGAGAGCCGUUGCUGCUCGGCAGCUUCGCCAUGAGUUCAGCUCCACGCAUAUCAUGCAUGUCCUCCCUUACUUUUGUCUCGAAGCUGAUGCUCUUUCCCGGCCUCUGGUUCAGUCACAAUGGAACCAUCGCCUCUAUAGACUUUGCUGUGCAAGCGGUGAAGAAGCCGGUGCAAGCCCGUUUCCAGAUCUUCCGCCCAUACUGCAGCCCCGGGCAGCACUUGAUCCCACCAGAUCUGCUCUGCAGCUCCAUGGGUAGCUGCCCAACUGGGCAGCAGUGGUGCCCUUUGAAGGAUCAGUGUCUGACCAACCUCAGUCCUUGCAGCCCGUAUGCUUUUGAGAACACGACUGCCUACAGCCGGCAGUUCCCGUACCCCCCACGGUACAAAGGGGCCUCCCCAUUCUAUUCUCUAGGGGCAGAUCUUCCUGUACUGAUCACUCCCAGCAGGGAAAACAUCCACAUCCAUGUUCUCCUCCCAAAGGAAGCAAUCUCUGUCUAUCCAGAUGACAUCCUGGGGAUCCAGCACAAUGCUGGUGCGGGCUCCUUCCUGCACUGCCAGCCGCACGCAGAUUCCCACUGGCGGCAAAGUUAUAUGAGCCUCACGAAGGACGGCUGGUGGGAAGGAGAAGUUGCCGGGCUUCCCAACCCCGCCUGGGUGGAUGAUGUGAUUUGUGACCUGCAAGUGAUCUUUGCCCGGGAAGUGAGGAGCUUGGCAAACGCUCCACUGCAGGACUACAAGGUGGAACUGGGCUCGCGCACCCACGCGGCGGCAGCAGCGGGCAAAGCUGUCGGGGGCACACAGGCACGCUGCGCAGCGCAGGUGCGCUCAAAAGUGAGCGACUUGCAGCUUAUCUACCCGGUGCCGCUUGGCGGGAAGCUCAACGUGGUCACGAAGCAGAAGCUCGCACUGGUCGUCAAGAUCGCCGCCGGCUGCAAUGCCGUGGCUCGCUGGACGUCGCCCGUGGACAAAGCUGGGGUGCCUUUUGUGGCCACUUGCCCAGCGGGCCUCGCAGCCCUUGUCCCUGCUUGCAUCAGAGAGACUAGAGACACGUGGUUCUCCUCGGUGCAGCUUGUUCUGGGCGAGCCUCGAGAAGAGGAGAUCUUGGACAUCCUGGCCUCCAAUGAGGUCAGUGCCCAGAAGUUGUCCGUGAAGAUCCAAGCCUAUGAUGCCAUCGAGGGGCUUCAUGUGGUGCCCCCGGGUCCCUGUCGGAUGCAAGUGGAUGAGUCCAAGGAGUUUACUGCUGAGAUCAGCCAAGGUUCCUCCGUCUCUUAUACCUGGGUAAUAGAUGACAUGGACAUGCUUGCCUAUAAUGGCCGGAGCUACAGUGUCAGAUUUAGGAAAUCUGCCACAUAUCAACUAAAGCUGACCGCAAAGAACCCAGUGAGCGUCAGAUCUUUGGAACUGGUGCUCACAGUUGAGCCUGUGAACCCCUUGGCGAACCCUGAGCUGCUGGGACUCCCUGGAGUUGUGGAAGUCAAUGUUGUCCAGACCGUGAUCUUCAAGGUGGAAGUGGACACUACUGUGGACGUUACUGUGAGGUGGAAUUUCGGUGACAACAGCCCAGAGGUAGAGAGCACGCUUGCUCCCCCUUACAGCCCUCAUCUACCACGUCCAGAUCCACAGACAGAACGGGUUCAAGUGUCAGCCAGAGUGACACAUGUCUUCAUUCAGCCAGGGGACUACACUGUCAAAGCGGAAGCCUUCAACAGAUAUGAGCAAGUCCAGCGGGUGGCCAGAGUCCGUGCUGUCAUGCCCAUAGCCGUGGUGACGAUCCUGACCAAUCCUGCUUCCCCGCUGGUUAACGAAGCUGCUCGGUUUGAGGCCUUGGCGUCUCCUUCCCUCUUCGGCCUUUUCUAUUCCUGGGACUUUGGGGAUGGGUCACCCGUGCAGGAGGGGCCAAAUGCCACUGUGUGCCAUUCCUUCGGAAAGAGUGGACUUUACAAUGUGGCCUUAAAGGCCUAUAACAAUCUCAGUGAGGUGACAUCAGGGGCUUCUGUGUCCAUCAGCGAAGGGAUCAAGGGCCUGCGUGUAACAUGUAGUGGGCCCAGCGAACUGGGUUCAGCAACCGUCAUCAAUGCUACGCUGAUCUCUGGCCCAGACACCAGGUGGUCUUUCGACAUGGGGGAUGGGACCGUCUACAGCAAUCUGUCACAGGGGGUAGUUUCUCAUAUUUUUGCCACGGAAGGAAAACACCUGGUGACUGUGACAGUUCACGGGGCCACUGCCUCUGCCACUGCAUCCACCAUCGCUGAGGUUCACAAACUUAAGAUAACCCACAUCUUGGUUCCUGCCUGCCUGUCCAGUGGGGAACCAGCCCUGCUUGAAGCUGCUGUAACAGGACCAGGAAAAGGGGCGAUGUUCUGUUGGGAUUUCCAGGAUGGGAGCCCUCCUUAUGUUCAACGUGGAGCUUCCACAGUUCUUCACAGCUACAUGGCAGCCGGGAGUUACCAGCUCAAUCUCACUGUCUGUGGCUCAGUGAGCAGUUCCUCCCAUCAGCAAACCAUUUGUGUGGAGGACAAAAUUGUCUCGGUUAAGCUAUCGGCCUUUGUGUCUGCUGUAGCUUUAGGAGAACCCAUUUCCUUUGUGGCUGAAGUGGAUCCAGUACCAGACCCUCAGCACCAGUACAAAUACCACUGGGAUUUUGGUGUUGGUGAGGACACAGUGUCUUCUAAAGCUCCAGAAAUCACUUUUGUGUACCUGGAGGCUGGGUUCUAUACAGUAACAGUGACUGUGUGGAACAUGGUAAGCCAGCAAAAUGCUUCCGUGAUGGUCACAGCUGAGCAGGCGAUUCGGACUAUUUCCAUUCACCACAGUGGUGAAACAGGCAUCUUUCUAGCUCUGGGCAUUUCCUAUGUUUUUAUGGCAGAAAUCAGCUGGGACACUAAUGCUACAUUUAGAUGGGAUUUUGGAGAUACUUCCCCUCAUCAGAUGGGUCAAAGUGCCUCCCACACCUAUCGGAAAGCUGGAGAGGUGACCAUCACAGUCGUGGGUGAGAACCUGGUUAGUCAUAGGACAGCUACACUGACCAUGAUGGUGCUGAAUCCAGUUCAGUUAUUGACUCUACAUGCUGAGCCACCAGUGAGCGAGGCGGGACAGGAAGUCACCCUCACGGCUUCCUUAGCUGCAGGAGAUCAUGUGCACUAUUGCUGGGCCGUUGGUGAAGGAACUGGAUUCCAAGAGGGAACAUCCAUUUUCACUCACACUUUUUCUACCUCUGGCACCUUUGUGGUAUUUGUCAAGGCUGAGAAUGCGGUGAGCAUGGAGAAGGCAAAUGUCACUAUCGAGGUCCAAAUGAGGAUCCAAGGAGUGCAGAUCCACAGUGAACACGGGGUGCAGAACAAGUAUCUGGCUGUGGCUGAACCCGUCUCUCUCCUGGGCAAGGUCACUCAUGGCUCCAAUGUUACUUUCCAAUGGGCUGCUUUGCAAGGAAAGAAUCCCCUGGUUACUGCUAAAGGACAGUUGUUCUUAUUCUGUCCCAGUAGAAGCGGGGAACUCCUGGUGGAGCUGAAAGCUUGGAAUGCACUAGGUGGAAUCACCACCAACCUUACCUUGGAAGUCUUGGAGAGAGUGAGUGGCGUGAAGGUUCAUUCUGCCGCUAAUAGUGUAGCAGUGGGAAAGGCAGUGCAUCUGAAUGUCUCGGUGACGUCUGGGACUGAUCUCCAUUACUUGUGGAAGAUGGAGGAGGAUGGACGCUUUUGGCCUACUGCCACACCCUCACUUUCUUACGUCUAUAACACUCUGGGCCUCAAGCCAGUUUUUGUUACUGUUUACAAUGUUCUGGGAUCCAGUAAUGGCUCCAUGGAAUUCAGAGUGCAAGAACCUGUGUCUGGAGCAAACUUUAGCCUGAGAGGAGCCACUCAGCCCUUUUUCGUGGAGUCAGGCACCUCUGCAGAAUUUCUGGGUAUGGUGGCUGCAGGUUCUGAUAUUUCUUGGGAAUGGCAGAUAAGGAGAACGGAAGUGUGGAAACCAAUCUUCUUCCAUAGGCAGAAUAUCUCAUAUAAAUUUGAACAGUAUGGAGACUACCAAGUGUUUCUGCAUGUUUGGAAUGAUGUCAGUGAGAGCUCAACUCUAGAUACCGUCUCCGUCCAAGACCGUGUGGCUGAGUUGGCUGUGACAGUGGACAAGUGGCUGGUGUGCACAGAUGACGAAGUUACCUUUUUGCUGCGUGUUUUGAAGGGGUCCAGAGUGACGUUUGCCCUCUUCUUCCCAUCACUCGGGAUUCACAAGGAAAGUUCUGGGGGGAUUUUCCAGUCUGCUUUUCCCCUGAGAGGCUACCACCAGGUGCAAGCAUCUGCUUACAACGACAUUAGUCAUGAAACAGCCACGGUCAUGGUGAAUGUCUUGGAGAAGGUGAAGGGGCUGCAUCUCCUAGAUGAUUACCCACCUAUCCUGGAAGCCAACAGGGAACUUAGGUUCAAAGCAGCCGUGCAAGCUGGAGGGAACGUGACCUUCUCUUGGACCUUUCGGCUCUCUGGACUUCCUGAGUAUAAUGCCACAGGCCAGCAGGUUCUGUAUACACCUCCUGGCAAGGGCAACUUGACCAUUCUGAUAGUGGCCCACAACACGUUAUGUGCAGACGCGCUUACAGUAGUAAGAGCUGUGCAGUUGCCAGUAGCAGCUGCUUCUCUAUUCAGCAAUGGCACUAGGACGUUUGUCAAUCAAACGGUGGCAUUUGAGGUGAUGGUGACAGGAGGCAGCAACCUUCGCACGGAAUGGAAGUUUGGGGAUUCGGAUGAGACGUUUGCCAGGGAAGGAGACUGGAGCGCAUUUCACAGGUAUCGCCAACCUGGUGAUUUCUCAGUGGAGGUGCGAGUCUACAAUAAUGUCAGUUUUGUCCUGGUGCAGUCAAAAGUGACCGUGCAGCUGCUGCUCUGUGAAAGCCCCAUGGUGAAGUUGGUGGAUCCUCCCUCUAUGAUCUCCAGAUCCCACCCCAGCUAUUUUGAGGCUGACGUGGACUUGAAAAGAUGUACGGCUUACAGAGCCUUGUAUUGCUGGGAGAUAUUCCACGCCUCCUGCUGUGAUCAUCCGUCCAAGACCAACAUGGUCUCCUUACCUUCCGUAGACAUGCUAGCUCCUCGCCUUGUGCUCCCCAGGCUCUCUCUGGAUGCUGGUCCCUACUGCCUGCACGUCACUGUCUCUCUGGAGGGCACUCCUCUGGCCCAGGUGGCUUCCAGCAGCUUCACUGUGCUUUCCAGCAGGCUUGUUCCAAUCAUCCAAGGAGGCUCCUGGAGGAGAUGGACAGCGAAGCUGGAUUUGGUUCUCGAUGGAAGCAAAUCGUAUGAUCCUGAUACGGUGGGACAUGGAGACUCCUUCCUGGUAUUCCAGUGGGACUGUGAAAUUGAGGGAUCAAAUGUGUCUGCAGCGCUGUGUGGCUUCCCUUGCAUGGCAGGCAAGGACAGGGUGACUGUGCCACACGCCACGCUGAAGCCGGGGCUGACGUAUCGCUUCAUCCUGACUGUGGAGAAGCCUGGUAAAGAUCCUGCUAGGGCAGUGCAGAUGGUUUCGAUUGAAUCCAGCCGGAUCCUGCCUGUGAACCUGGAGUGCCGUUCCUGCAGUGCUUUGUCAAGCUAUGAAGUCAGCAGCAGCAGCCAUGUUGUACUGUCUGGGCAAUGCAGAAGCACCGGGCAAUGUGAGAGCGGAACAAGGUUCAAGUGGAGAGCUGAGAACUCUGGUGGCCAAACGUUGACCUUGGACAAGGUGACCACCUCAACAGGGGACUCGAAUCGAGACUUGGUGAUCAGGCAAGAGGCCCUGCAAGAUGGAAUGGAUUACACUUUCACUGUGUUAGUCACUCAGCCCACAAAACAGCUGCAGGGAGAAGCCAGCAUCACUCUUCCCCCAAACCGUCCACCCAGGGGAGGGGUCUGCAGCCUGACACCAGAAGACAACAUCUAUAUCUUGGAGACGCUAGUGAGAGUCCAGUGCACGGGCUGGAUGGACGAGGACAGCAGCCCUGUACAACUGAUUUACUCCCUGCUUGCUGAAACCUGUUCUCCUCACAGCAGUCACUGCUGGCACGUCUGCUUGUACCGAGGCAUCAGAUCCUCCUUCAGAUUCGAGACCAUCAGCAGCUGGUUGAAAGGCAAGAGCCAGUCAGAGCUGCAAGCGGUGGUGCAGCAAGGAAACCCGCAGGAGGUGGCUGGCUACUCCCUGGCUCUCAUAAGCCUCUUGAAUAAAGACUUGCGAGGAGGGGCUGGCUCGGAAGAGCUCAGGGACCGUAUCUCCAUCCGCAGCGCGGCCACUGCAGCCCUGACCUCCCUGAAAGUCUCCAGUGCAGAGGAUGCUGCUCAGCUCAGUGCAGCACUGAGGGCCUGUGUGGCAUUCCCAGAAGAGCUCAGCCUUGGAUCUCGGGCCCAGGUGCUGGAAGCUGCCAAGAGGAUGAUCGAAGUGAUCAACAGAGGAACAGAAGAGGGUCACGCCACUCCUCCCUCCACUGGCGAGAACAUCUUGGCAAUCCUGGGGAGGAUGCUAACCCCUGCAGCUGCAGGUGUCCACACGGGGGCCAACCUGCAUCCGUUGAGAGCACCAGGCCUCAGGAAUCAGGUCUCAUCAGCCUUCAGUCUCACCCAGUUGCUGAUGAAGUCCUUGAUGAAGUCUCGCAUGCUGAAUGAGGAGCCUCUGUCCCUGGCUGUGUCUGAGAUCCACGUCCAGGGGAAGAAGGCGGACUCCAGACACUUACUGUGUGUGGCCCCCUCUGAGGAGUGUCUCUUCUCCGUGCCAAGAACACUUGCAGAGCAACUGGCACAGAGUGGGGAAGUGGUGCAGGUCGCCAUGGACCUUGCCAGCAACCCCUUCCCUUUCCAUUACUCUGCUAAUGCUACUAUUUCCACCCGCCUUGCAUUUCUCGAUUUCACCACCCCAGCAGGGGAACCUAUUCCAGUCGCCAACCUCUCCAAGGAGAGCUCUAUCAGCCUGCGAUUGCCAGCUGGACAGGAGGAACCACAGGUCUUGCCCCAGGCGUUGAUUGUCAUCCCACCGAAGGAGUCGGUUAACUUUACUGUCCAAGUGCUGUCAGACGAUGAUGCUAGAGGGACACACGUCCAUGUCAGUCUCACUGUCCCGGAGGGUUCCAGCCAGGAGAAGGAGCCCUCGCUUUGUCUCUACGGGCACAAUGUCCCCUCCCCCAAUGAGUUCCACUAUAGCACGAAGGAGAAAAUAGUCUUUUCUAACGGCCUGGAAGAAAGAAGCCACAGGGAGGUCACGCUCUUAAUUUCGCCUCUUCUUUGCCAGUACUUCCAUUUCCCCACUAUGCAAUGGAGCACAGAGGGAGUGAGCCCAACAGCCACCAGCAGCCCUAAGGAGAUCGUGUGCCUGACAGAGCAUCUCACCGUCUUUGGGGCUAGUCUCUUUCUACCUCCUCACAGUGUUAUCUUCCUGCCACCAAAGAAGCAUUCCUGGCAGAGCCCACUGGCACUGAUCGCUUGCUGUGUGCUCUUCUCCCUCUACCUGGGGGUGGCACUAAUAUCCCACAAGCUGGACGACAUUGACAUCAGUCGGGUGGGGAUCAUCCCUCGAUGUGGCCAGCCUGGAUGGUACAAGUAUUGGGUGAUGGUGAAGACUGGCUGGAGAAGAGGUUCAGGUACCACAGCCCAUAUAGGGAUCAGCUUGUAUGGGCAGAACAAAAGCGGCUCUCGCCACCUGGACAAGGGAUGGGCCUUCCAGAGAACUAGCCAGGACAUCUUCCAAGUAGAAACGGAUGUGAAUCUAGGAGAAAUCUGGAAGAUCCGCAUUUGGCAUGAUAACACUGGUCUGGACCCUUCUUGGUACCUGCAGCAUGUUACUGUAUGGGACAAGCAGACCGACAAUCUGUACUUCUUCCUGGUGGAGGACUGGCUGUCUGUGGAAAAUGAAAAGAAUGAAGGAAUGGUGGAAAAGGAGGUGCUGGCGGCAUCUGAGGGGCAACUAUGGGAACUGAGAUGCUUUUCCCGAAUUUUCCCUGCUCAGAUGCGCCUUGGGUUUUCCGACUGGCACAUCUGGCUCUCCAUUUGGAGCCGCCCUCCCAGGAGUCGCUUUACACGGGUGCAGAGGGUCACCUGCUGCAUGCUCAUGGUCAGCCUCUUCUUAGCCACGUGCGCCAUCUGGUAUGGCGCCAUCGGAGUCAAGGGUCAAAGAAUUCCUGUUGGAAGCCAGACUUCUGUGUCAGCGGAGAGCAUUGGUGUUGGAGUAACUGCAGCAGUAGUGGAUUACCCACUACAACUCCUGUUCUGCUUUUUCUUUAGGAAAAUACGUAGCAAGGUUAAGGUAGAAGACCCUGCUCCACCUGCUCAGGACAGCCAGACAGUGGAGAUGGAGGUGGAU